AUGGCACUGGCCAGGCAGCGACUACUCACUCUCGCCUAUGACGACAUGGAAACAGUCUGCGUUCUUCCGCAAAGUUUUCCAGAACUUGAGGCAAUCGCCAAAGACUGGACGAAGCCACCUCCUGAUGCCAUGUUCACCCUACGAGUACCAGUAGAAUACGCCUCACUUCAUGCAUCCCGCUUAGUGUCUGGGCCAUAUAUCUACCUAACAGGGGAAGACUCGUAUCAGAUUGCGAUUAGUGGCGUUCAAGGACUCAGAGUAGAGAUUGUCAGCGACGCUCCCCCGCCACCUGAUGAACCUCCCCCUCCCCCUGUCACAGAAAUGCCUGCCACCUUCAAUCUUGAGCUGAUCCCAGGACAGCUAGUUGCUUUGGAAACAACGGUAUCGUCAGCAGAUGAUAUGGACAUGUCUCGAAUGGAGGAUGGCACGACUGUUUCCGGAAUUUUCUGGGGAAAACUGGAUAUUGUCCACGACGGGGACACGCACAAAGUGGACUUUACUGGGACCAAGUCAAACAAUCCUGACAUCCCUCAAGAUUUCUUGAUGGACAGUCGCGUUAUGGCGAAAUUCACAGCAGCAGCAAAGCCCACUGCCGCUAAGUGUCAUCUCAGCAUUCUCGCUCCUGCAGUCCAAUACUGCGAUUUGAUUUUAUCGCUGUCGCCAUUCUGGAAACUUUCCAUGUCAUGGCCUCCUGCAGAGGAAAUUGCGGACAACAAGUACAAAUAUUUCCUGAGAGUGCAUCCAGGCGGUGCACUCGAGCACUUUGAGAACGAGAUGGUUUGCACAUCUCUUUAUUAUGAAGCAGCUCCUGACUCGAACAUGCUGAACCCAGAAGAAUUCAUUGCUCCGCGAAAUAGCUAUGCCAUGUCGUUCCGUGACUUCAUACAGCAUCUCAUGGUGGUUUUGGACCAACUGGGCAUGUCUAUCCACGCCCGAACCAGUUUCAUCACCAAUAACAUGUCCGCUUUUUCAGCUCACAAGAAUAUUGCCUAUCGCUUCCUUCGUUCAUCACAGGUCGCUGCCGCUAUUGAUUUGGGCGUUUCCACAGAAUGCGUGACCACCCGCCUUUUUCUCUGCUUCCGCGGUCUAUCGGAUGAUGACAUGGGUAUUUUCUCCGGAGCUGGAGAAAAGGAGGCAAACACCGUCAACUGGAGGGAAGUGGUCGGCUGGUCGGAGAAUUCAAAGGAUACAACACAGUUUCGCGUUUUAGAGACAAGCAUAUUGGAACUUACAUGA